CCAAACCCUAGACACUUUCUAUUUUCUGAUUGCGUUGUUGUCGAGAAAAGUCUGCGAAAAUCUUGGUUUUACUGCAAAAUUUCACUGAUCUAAAAGACUUGGCAGAGAAUCUAGCCCUGAGCGAGGAUUCGCAAAUUAGUAGAGGAGACGUAGAGCAGCAGCGAGGAAAAGAACAAAAACUAUCCGCGAUGGCCGAAGUGGAGAAACCUACGGCCACCCCGCCGACCGACAUACCCCUGGCUACGCCCCCGAGCACCAGUGAAUUGGAAUCCACGGCAGACGUCGCCGGGGCGGACGUGGAGCCUGGCACCUCGCCCACGCAGGAACCCAGCUCGAACUCGCAUCCACACGACUCCGAGUACGACACGGCAAGUGAUCUGGAGGGCGGAGAGGACUAUGACGACGAGGAGAGCGGCAGCGGAAGUGCCAGUGGCAGCGGCAGCGAGGAAGAGACCGAAACGGAAGACGAGGACGAGGACGUGGGCAGCGAGACGGACGAUGGCGAGGCGGAGCAUGCCCAAGACCGGUCCAUUGCUGACAGCGAGGCGCAGAAAAAGGUGGAUGAGGACCGUAGCAAUCCGCAGUACAUCCCCAAGCGAGGCACAUUCUAUGAGCAUGAUGACCGCACUGCGGAAACCGAGGGCGACGUGCUAGUCGAGCCCGAGAACGGCGCCGGGCAAGCGCAGCCAGAGCCAAAUGGCGAACUCAAUGGACUCGCUACAGCCGGAGCAGCGCCCGCCGGCCAGACGCCACAGAUCUCACAGGCCUCCAAGACCAUGCGCAAGUGGCAGCCGGCUUCGGGUGGCGAUCGGUGGUCCCACGACCGGUUCGAGGCGAGCGAGCAGGCGCCCAAGUCCAGGGCGGAGCUGUUGCAGGCUUACGGCUACGAUAUUCGAAAUGAGGACGCCCCGCCUCGAGCCCGACGACGUCGGCGCUAUACGCGCGGUCCUAGCAAAUACUCACGGAACUGGGAGGACGAGCAGGCUUAUCUCAAGGCCAGUAAUAAGGAGCGCAAGCCGCCGCGGCCACAGGACUUCCCGGCCCUCAAUGAACGCAAGCCGCGUGGACCUCGCACAUCCUCUUCCCGGGAGGAGAAAGAGAACCGGCGCUCUGGCGGUGCUGGUGGCGUAGGUGUGGAAAAGCAGCAAAGUGUGGCUAGCAGCUCGAAUCCAAAUAGAUCCCAGGAGCGAGAGCGCGAACGAGAUCGUGAACGCGAACGAGAUCGUGAGCCCAAAAACCGUAACUUUGGGCGCAUGAACGGAGGCCCAGGCCGACAAAAUGCCAUGGAGUUCAAGAAAUCUGGCCGUGGACAGCAGCCACGCGACCGUGAGAGGGAUCGCGAACAACAAAUGGACAACCGAAAUCAGAAGCAAUCGACACCACGCUCCAAUCAGCAGCACCCACAGCAGCAGCCUCAGCAUCAACAGCAGCCACAGCAACAACGACAGCCGCCUCAGCAGCCACAGACUCCGCUGUCCACCACGAACCUCUCGCAACGCCUGCAGCAAGUGCAGCAGCGCAACGACCCCAGUCACGUGGGCAGCGUCCAGAUGCACUCGCUGGCCAACCAAAGCCCACAACAACCGCCGCAGCCUCUUCACCAGGAGCAACGUAACGCGCCCAAGCGCUAUUCGAGCCUAAGACGCUCCCAGCAGGAGGCCUCGCAGCAUUUGGCGGAGCAGCAACAGCAGCAGCAAAUGCAGCAGCAACUGCACCUCCAGCAGCAGCAGCCGCAACCAUCUCAGAUCAUGAUCCAGGACCCUCACGUGCUGAUGCAAAUCGCUUACCAACAGCAGGAGCUGCAGGCGCAGCUGCAGACAAUGCAACUGGGACCCACUGGCUCUGGGGCAGUUCCAGCGCCACCAAAGCCACAUGCGCCACCGGCAGCUGCGUAUCCGCAGGCGCAGCCGGCACCCUACUACGUGACCGGAACGGAGCCAGUGCCAGUGCCCGUUCCCGUGCCCGUACCUCAAGCACCAUAUGUGAAUCCGGCCAGUGCCGCCUACUUGCCCACCACUCCCGCUGCCGUGGCCUAUGCGCAGGCAGCGCCGCCUGUGGUGCCGCAGCCCACACCGGCGCCCGCUCAGGCGCCGCCCGCAGCCCAGCCUGCACAACCUUACCAAAACUACAACACUGUUGGUGGUACCACCUACUUUGUGCCGCCGGCUCAGACCGCUAACCGACCAGCUGCCCUGCCCCAGCGACGUCCAACCAACGCUAUUCCCAUCCUUCCGCCAUCGGAGAAACACAAGACGAAGGGCGGAGCCCCAGGAGCCGGAGGCAAGGAGGAGGGCAACUCGGACAACAUAGACCACAUCAUAGACAACAUGUUCGUUGCACGGCCUUCGGCUUUCCAGCCGACCGGAGAAGGUGCUGCAGCUGGUGGAGGUGCAUCCAAGGAAGAAGCAGCCACUCCUCCGGCAACCGAGCAGAACCUUCAGCCGGUGGCGGCCACUGGGAAGGAAUGAGUGCAGGUCUACGCUGGCAUGUCGACGACGCAGCAGCAGACACGAGGUCAGAGAAUGGCUCCUCCUUCACCCUCGUCGGCCUACAACAUGCUGCCGCCGCAGUCGCACGCUGGCUAUUACCGCGCUCCGCCGCACUAGCUCCAACCAUCUCUGGCUCGGCUCAUCAAAAGAUUUUUUCCCCAUUCUGUCCUCGGAUCUGGGAUCCGACGAACACCAUGAAUUGUAGCUUUGAAGUAAGAAACAUUUGUAAUUAGCAUUUAGCUCCCAGAUAAUCGAUCUUACUAACGUCAAACCUACGUAUUUAGAACGAGUAAAUAUAUAUAUAUAUAAUCAGGCGCAAGCUCCCAUUAAAUUGUAUGUAGUAUCUAGGACCAGCUGCGGCAUUCGUUGAUUAAGUCGCAAGUAAAAACGUGCUGGCGGCGAGGCGCUUAGCUUACUUAGGCCGUAUUUUAGAGUUGAAACAAGAGAUUUAUCGUGUGACAUGUAUUUGCGUAAACUAAUAGACCUUGAAAUUGAAUAAACGUUUAACACGAA